AGCUAUGGACACGACCGCGAUAUUGGCUGCCAUGUCACAGAGGUCAUCACAGCUGUCGUCACAGAUGCAAACACAGCUUGAAGCACAAAGGUCGCAGUUGUCGUCAGAUGUUUCAUUGCAGAUACAAGCGCUGGAGACACGUAUAUCAGCAGCGGUAUCAGCACAGAUGUCAUCCCAACUGGAAGUACAGGAUGCAAAGAUUGUACAAAUACAGGAAAAAAUCGAAGAGAGACAGGACAAAGUCGAGGCUAAGAUGGGCGAGUUAGAAGGUCGACUCCGAGACUUGCAGUUGAAUCGUCCAGCCGCUUCGACGAACGCUCCCAAGGUAAAAACUCCAACCUCUGACGGCACGAUUCCUUUCCAGACUUUACGAGUUUAA